AUCGCCAAUCUAAACGUCACUUCCGAUGGCGGCGCCCAUGGGGAAACCACCUGAGAAUGUCACAAAAGACACGUUAUCGACGCCACAAGCGACAGAUCUUCAAACUUUUAACUUAAUUCUGAACCAUGUGAUAGGGGAGAACAAGUUAAAGACCAAUGUCUUCCUGCCAUCCAUGUAUGGGUCGACCGCUAGGAGCAAGCAAGAGCAGAUGAUCUCAAGGGCGUUCGAAAGUUGCGCUUUCAAAGCAGUUGCUAGUGCUGUACUUGGGUUUGCACUUGGUGGAGCUAUCGGUUUGUUUACGGUGGGUAUGGAUCCAAUAUCUACUUACACAACAACCACACCAGACCAAACACCAUCAACACGUGCAGUACUCAAAGAGAUGAAAGUCAGAUGUGCAUCGUAUGGGAAAAACUUUGGCACUAUUGGAUUUAUGUUUGCCGGAACUGAAUGUUUACUAGAAAGUUAUCGUGGGAAGAGUCCCCUGUCAAAUGGAACUAUCUCAGGAGCUAUAGUGGGCGGUGUGUUAGGCUUGAGAGCGGGAUUAAAGGCAGCAGCUUUUGGAGCGGCAGGUUUCGCAGCAUUCUCUACGGUGGUGGAUUAUUAUUUAAGACAUUGACCUAGUGGAGAAAAUAUACUGGAGCAAUUUUAAAUAUAUACUGUGAUAUAUCUUGUUGUCUUACAUUAAGAUGUAAGUCUUCUAAGGUCAUUUAAGGAUUUGUAAUAUUCACUCUUAGGCUUUUCAAUCAAAAGUGCAUGUUAUGGACGUCUGCACAAACAAGCACUAAACUAUGCAGACUUGGGACUAUCAGACAAUAGAAAAGUGAAAUUUUGUAUUGAAGUCAGUUAAGGAUUCACACUUUAAUAGAUAAGCAGAACAAGUUUCAAGUGAGUAUGGAUUAGCUUUAGACCAUAACAUACUUCAUAAAAUGCGCCAGUUGCGAGUAUAGUGUUGAAAAUGGAUGCUGUAUGGUAGAACUAAAAGGGAAAUGAGAGCAUCAGCAAAAAGUGCAAAAUAUUAGAAAUGAUUGAUAUGAAAGCUUCUUAACUACAGAAAUACAAGUACAAAAUAUUACAAAUGAUUAACAUGAAAGCUUUUCUACAGCAGAAAUACAAGGACACAAAAUAUUGCAAAUGAUUAAUAUAAUAGAUAUUCAACAGUAGAUCACAUAUUAUGAAACUUUAGUUUGAUUUUCAAUUGAUAUAUGAUUUCUGUGUCAUGAUAAUGUCUGUUACCAUGUUUUUCAGUCAGUUAAACAGAAGACUGUGUC